AUCUUUCACAUUUUCCUAUGGCCUCUCUAUAUUGCAAUUAUCAUGCUAGGAAUGAUUUACCUGUUUACCGUGAUUAACUCCUAAAAAAUCCUGUGAUUCAGCUUUAUUUUAUCCAUAAGAAAUUUAUGAGGGAGCAACAGCUUGCCUAACAUGAUAGUGAUGAUUAUGAUAAACCCCUCAAAGAAUGCCUGUCUUUGGUUUUGCAUUUUUAUCUUUUUGAGAGUCCCAGUCUUCUGUGUACAUCUCCUUUCAGAUCAAAGAAGAACCCAAUUUAGGAAUGGCUGGCAGAAGGCAUCAUUGUACCCUGACUGGAGGAAAGAAUUUUUCCAGGCUGUGAAUGUUAUUCUGGAUCCAGCCACAGCCCAUGCUGCCCUCGUCUUGUCUGAAGGCAACAAAUGUGUAACCUGUGGAGAGGAAUCUCAAGAUCUACCUAAAGAUCCACAGAGAUUGAAUUCCCUUCCCUGUGUUCUGGGUCACUCAGUAUUCACCUCAGGGAGGUGGUACUGGGAAGUAAAUGUCAGAGACAGUGGAGCCUGGGACCUGGGAAUAUGCAGGUCUAAUGUAAUGAGGCAGGGGAAGAUUUGUGUGAAACCUGAGAAUGGUUUCUGGGCCAUCAGGUCUUACAAGAAUGAGUACUGGGUACUCACUUCUCCAGAAAUGCAGCUUAGUCUAAAAGAGCACCCUACCAGAGUGUGUAUUUUCUUAGACUAUGAAGGUGGAUGUAUCUCAUUCUACAAUAUGACGGAUAAAUCCCACAUUUACACCUUCUCUCAAGGUCCUUUUAAUGUGUCUCUAAGGCCUUUUUUCAGGCUUUGGCUUGGUUAUUCAAAAAGUUUGACCAUCUGUCCAGUGCCCAAUGCAUAAUCCUUACUGUGGUCCCUCUCCUGUAUUAGGAGCAUCCUACGACCUGCAGGUCAGUGUAGAUUGAAGCAUGAGGUCAUGACAUGAAUUCUCCUAUACCAAAAGCAAAUUAUUUUUUUUAAUCUUCUUUCUGGUUCUCCCUAACAGUUUAUCUCCUUCAUAAAUGACUCCCCAAAGGCAUGGGACGGCGUGUUAAAGUAUGUUACUUAUGUUAUGUUUAAAGAAAAAAAAUUAUAUAUAUAUAUACACAUAUACAUACAUUCAUAUAAUCAUAUUCAUAUAGGUAUAUAUGUAUAUACAAUAUAUAUACAUACUUAUAUAAUCACAUUAUUAAACACAUUAUAUACUCACAUUAUAUAAUCACAUUGUUACCAUUAUUACUAUAAAUAUACACAAGGAACUAGUCUGUGUGAUUGCCCAUACAAUGUUGAAAUUUCUUUCAUAUCUGACAAAGGCAGGGAUAGGAGAAUAGCCUUUUAUUUUAUACUCUUUUGUACCUUUUGGUUUUGUACUAUGUUUAUAAAGUGAUAUGCAAAAAAAUAAAGUUAGUUUCAAAUACAUGAAUAAUUGAAGUGUUCUCAUUUGUCUAAUCAGUAAGACAUUCAAAGGGAAGCAAAUAUUUUCUAGUUUAUCCUUCAAC